AUGAAGGCCAAGUCCCCGAGCUUCUCCAUCACCACCGCGUCCCAGCUCCACGACGCCAUCGACCGCCUCCUCCCGCUCCUCCGCGCCGACGCCGCCCACCUCCCCGCCGCGCGCUCUCUUGCCUCAGCCGCCGCCGCGCUCCCGCCGUCCACACUCCUCUCCAACCGCCUCCUCCACCUCCUCUCCUGCCACCCGGCCUCCCUCCCCGACGCGAUCUCCUUCCUCUCCUCCAUCCCGAACCCCGACCCAUGCUCCUACAACACCCUCAUCGCCGCGCUCUCCCGCUCGCCGCGCCACCUCGCUCCCGCGCGCGCGCUGUUCGACCGAAUGCCCCACAGGGACCACUUCUCCUGGUCCGCCAUCGUCUCCGCCUACUCCCGCCACGGCCAGCCCCUCGACGCGCUCGCGCUCUACCGCCGGAUGCAGCAAGAACCAGGGAACGCCGCGGCGGCGGACAACGAGUUCACCGCGUCCAGCGCGCUCGCCGCGGCCACGGCCGCCCGGUGCGCCCGCGCGGGCAGGGAGCUGCACUGCCACGUGGCCAGGAGAGGGAUCGGCGCGGGCGACGCCGUCAUGUGGAGCGCGCUCGCGGACAUGUACGCCAAGUGCGGGCGAGUGGACGACGCCAGGAGAGUGUUCGACGGGAUGCCGGUCCGGGACGUCGUCUCGUGGACGGCGAUGGUGGAGAGGUACUUCGACGCUAGGCACGGCGGGGAAGGGUUCAGGCUGUUCCUCGACAUGCUGAGGACUGGAGGCGUUCGACCCAACGGGUUCACCUACGCGGGGGUCCUGCGUGCUUGCGCAGAGCUCGCCGCAGAGAGCCUCGGGAGGCAGGUGCAUGGUCGAAUGUCGAAGAGCAGCAUCGGGGACUCGUGCUUCGCGGAGAGCGCGCUCCUGCACAUGUACUCCAAGUGCGGGGACAUGGAGAGUGUGGUGCGUGUAUUCGAGGGGCUAACAGAGGCAGACAUGGUGUCAUGGACGGCGAUGAUCUCCGGCUAUGCGCAGAAUGGUCAGCCAGAGGAGGCAUUGCGCUACUUUGACAAGUUCUUGAGGUCUGGGAUUAGGCCUGACCAUGUCAUGUUUGUUGGCGUUCUGUCCGCGUGUGCUCAUGCUGGUCUGGUCGACAAAGGCCUGGAGGUCUUCCAUUUGAUAAAGGAUGAGUAUGGCAUUGCGCACACUGCUGAUCAUUAUGCUUGCGUGAUCGACCUACUCAGCCGGUCAGGUCAGUUUGACCGAGCAGAAGAGAUGAUUAACAAGAUGACCAUCAAGCCCAACAAGUUCCUAUGGGCAUCCUUGCUCGGUGGCUGCCGGAUUCACAAGAACGUUCACCUGGCAAGGCGGGCAGCAGAAGCAUUGUUCGAAAUUGAGCCUGAAAAUCCAGCGACCUAUGUAACUCUAGCGAAUAUCUACGCAUCAGUCGGCCUGUUCGAUGAAGUUGAGGGUGUAAGAAAUAUCAUGGAGUCAAAGGGCAUAACAAAAAUGCCGGCUUCGAGUUGGAUUGAAGUUGGGAGAAGAGUGCAUGUAUUUCUGGUCGGUGAUAAGUCACAUCCUCGAGCUGAGGAAAUCUAUGUGCUUCUGAAGAAGCUGUAUGCCAAAAUGAGGGAAGAAGGGUAUGUGGCGGACACAGGGUUUGUUCUCCAUGACGUCGAGGACGAGCAGAAGGAGCAUGACAUCGGUCACCACAGCGAGCGCCUUGCUGUUGCAUUUGGGAUCAUUGCUUCUCCGAAGGGUGCCGCUAUUAAGAUUUUUAAGAAUCUGCGGAUCUGUGGGGACUGUCAUAGUGCUAUUAAGCUCAUAUCACAGAUUGCUCAGAGGGAGAUCAUUGUCAGGGACUCAAAUAGGUUCCAUCACUUCAAGAAUGGGAGUUGUUCUUGUAAAGACUACUGGUAAUAUCCGCUGCAUAUACAGAUAUUUUUUAUGUCGUAUUAUUACCCAUUUUUUCGUGGCAUAGCCUCCAGAAUUUUGUUGU